AUGGCCCACAUCAUCACCUCCCUCCUCUCGACGAUCCCACUCACUACCCUCGGGCUUGUGGCCAACAUCUUCCGCAGCACAGGAGACAUCCCCAGAGUACUCCACAUCGUUGGCACUGGCUCCAACCCUCCCUGGCUCCAAGGCUACUCUGACGCCUGGCAACAGUUCUUCCCGGAGCCCGUGUACUACCACCACUACUGGGACGUCCUUGGCCCCGAGUCCACGGCCUGCUUCAAAAGGCACUUCCCGUCCUACCUGCCGCUUUACCUCAAGCAGGAGGUCUCAGUCCGUAUGGCCUCAUUGCGGUACUGUGCCCUUUUCGACUCGGGUGGUGUGUCCGCUGACCCUGGCAUCGUGGUUCAGUCAGGCUUCCCCCACGACCUCCUCACGAACGGCAAAGUGUCCAUGGUGAACCUUCCCCUGGCUGGCACUUCACAGUAUGGCCUUUUCAUGGCCUCCCCCAAGGCCCAUCCCCUCUGGCGCCAACUCAUGCCCCAGAUCAUGCAGUACUUCCAACAGUAUUCGCCCAUCGCAUGCGAUGGUCCGGACCCUUGCAAUAUGGUCGACCCUUGCAACGAGGAACAAUGUGAUAUGCCAUCACCGCUAGUGGUCACCGCCUCGGUCCCGUGUCAAGACAGUAGCCUAUGCCCAGACCAGUCCUCUGGCCACGUAGUGUACAGCCAAGUAGCAUCUUCAUGUGGGGGCCGCGAGCCUUGCGGGGACACGACGCCUGUUGUGGUCGCUGCUAACCCCUGUGAUGGUGGAGGGCCUUGUGAUGACCCCGAGCCCAUGCAAGACAGUACCAUGGCCAACACUGGGUCGAGCAGUCCCUCGACGAACAUGGUCCAUUACACUGUUGGGCGUGGCAGUAACACUGCGAGCUCAGGGUCCUCUGCUUUCCAGGUGGUCUCGUUCCCAAUGUCCUCCCUUCUGGAACGGGUCGGUGUCAAGUCUCGCAUCAAAUUCACUGACUGUUCCCGUACAGAGUAUAUCAUGACAUCAUACUGCUCAUCCUCGGCCGCGAGUGGUACUACUACUGCCAAGACCGUGCAUGAGACGAAAAAAUACCAGUCCUCUACUGCAGGGGCUCCAGUGCCACCAAAUGGUUACUAUUAUUACCCUCCUAUCGGCCCGCAUCCUUACCCUAUGAUGGUCCCUCCACCACUACCCUACGUAUCGUAUCCAGGGCUCGACUACGCGCCCAACAGCGUCUCGCUCUCCGACAGGGUUAUGGACGGCGUGAAGGAAAUAGAAGGGCCCGUUUAG